UUCUCCCUCAGGUUGCAGGAGCUGACAGUCUGCUCAGAAGACACUGUGGAUGUGCACGAUAUAGAGCUCAUGCAGUACAUCAAUGUGGACUGCUCCAAACUUAAAAGACUGCUCCAAGAAACGGUAUUAAAAUUCAAAGCCCUGAAGAAACCUGCCCAACUUGCCGUCAUUAACAGUUUGGAAAAGGCCUUUUGGAACUGGGAAGAGAACUACCCUGAUGAGUUUACCAUGCUCUACCAGAGACCACAGACAGACAUGGCAGAUGCUGUUUGACCUGGUGGACAGCUUUGCUGAGAGUGCCAAGAGGAAGGCAGUGGUGUGGCCUCUACAGAUCAUCCUACUCAUCCUCUGUCCCGAGAUCACACACAUCAUCUCUCGAGAGUUGGUGGAGGAGAGCAAGGCCAACAAGAAGCUGUUCCUGGAGAGCUUGAGGAAGGCUCUAGCAGGCCAGGGGGGCAGCAAGCAACUAACAGAGAGUGCAGCCAUCGCCUGUGUCAAACUGUGCAAGGCCUCCACCUACAUCAACCGGGAGGACCACUCGGGCAUCUUCCUCCUGGUGCAGUCCAUGGUGGUGGACCUCGAGGUCAGAUAAACAAAACACUCUGUCGCCCUCUGGGGGCUAGGGAACACUACAGCAGUGGUGGGCACACCAUGGGCACCCUCAUAGAUAUCAUCCUAACCAACUUGCCCUCUAAAUACACCUCUGCUGUCUUCAACCAAGAUCUCAGCGAUCACUGCC